AUGAGCGAUAAUUGGCAACUAGAUGUGAAAUUUCAAGGACGAUCCAUAGACUUGGUCGGCCGACUACCGGCUGAGAAACGCUCGCUACUGCGGGACUUUCCACAUCGUUUGGCUGUUAGCACCAAGGCAAAGCUGUCAGCCAUUCCGCAUAAAGGCUUUUUCUGCAAGUUUUUCGCCAAAAACUGCGAAGAUAUGAAAGCUUACAUGAAAAAACACGAGUGCGCUCUAUGUGUGCAAUUUAUGGCGUCUACAUAUAAUUUUACGCUCUACUUGCUGGUUCCGGUGGUGUUGAAAAGUCUCAAGUGUUUUCAUCGAUUACGAAAGAGCGGGGCAAGUCCAGAGUCUUUGAAAUCACUCUGCACCGACCGUGAUGGCGUCGUGAUUGGGUUUAUUGUAGCAGAAGUGAAUGUGGAGAAAGAAGAGAAGUUACAUGAGCGCAUGAAAGUCAUGGAGGAAUUGGAGUUUUCGGCCAAGGCGAUUUCACAUACGUUUGGUGAUCCCAUGCUGGAGUUUGACUUGCUUAUUGACCAAUUGGAUACAAGACCAUCGGCAAUCCAGGCCUGCUCAAAAUUCAUGAUUUGUCACCAGCAUUUGCACGAUGCAAUUUGCGAGAAAUUAGCGAAAACAAUGGAUGCCAUGGAGUCGUCUAAGGCGCGAGCAAGUGUCGUAUAUGUUGUGCACGAUGUCAUCAAGUCUUUGCGGGCAAAUUAUCCCCAAAAAGACCGAAAUGUGAAGAUGCGCGAGUCUGCACUGGUGCUCUCGCUUGAAAAAAUCUUGUUUCAGCUGGCCCAAAAGCUGCGUAAAGAUGCAAAACACAAUCCAAAUGUUCGAGCAGUGUUUGAGUUUUGGUCUAAGUGGGGAUUGCAGUACUCGGCGCCUUUAGAAGAUGGCGAUGCAUCUAAAGAUGACCCACUUCUCAAAAUUGAUGAGACAUUUGAGAUCUUGAAACGGGAGGUGUCUCAUACGUCUGAUACUUCUUCAUCCCCAAUUAAACACUCAGCGCCUCCGGAGGUAGUGGCAUUUAUGAAGAAGCACAGAAUUCAACCAGGUCCUUGGGAACUCUACCUUGGACGGGCGUCACCUUCUGAAAUGGAUGAGUUAGACACAGUUCUUGACUUAAACACGAAAUAUUAUGGUUUUAACAAUUGGGAUUCGUCAGAAAAAGGAGGUAGACGGGGUGGUGAGUUGUUUCUGCAUCAUUAUGCCAAAUCGAUAAUGCCGUGGUUGCUGCAUGCAUCCUCUUCGAUGUCGAAUACAAGCAAUUUGAAGCGAAAACGUGUAAAAGACUCGCUAAUUUUGCUGCGUAAUGCGUUUUUGUGCACUUGGGAUCUUGAUCCCAUUGCAGCGCGUGCGGUUUCUGACGUGGAUCGAUUUUUACUCGACGACAUGUGGAAAAAAAUGGAGUAUGUAAAGUGCCAAAACUUUUCGGCGUUUGUGUUUGGAAAAGUCAGACGCGUGAAAACUAUUCAGUUUGCAAACAGUCCUGCUGCGGACGCGAUACUAAAGUCAGUCGAUGAUGAAUCGAAGGUAAACUCAAGCAUUCUCGUGGCAGAAUUGACCAGGGUGUUCAAGCUCGACACAAUGGCACGUGAAAUGAUCGCUAAAAUCAAGUUCAAAACUGAUUUGUGCUACGUUACAAAAGAAUUGUGCAAUCGGUGUCGCCAUCACCAGGUGGCGAACCCGUCUGUGCACAUGGUAAAACUUUGUCAAAAGGUUUUAGCGACAAAGAAUCCGAUGAAGGCUUACUCAUCUGCAAUGAAAAGCAUGAUUUCUCGACAAAUGAAGAUAUUUGCAAUAUUUGACGAAGAUGCCCAGAAGAAGCGAAGGAUUGAGAGCAGUAGCGCUUGUUCGUCUCCUGUCACCGAAAGUGAAGCUUCGAGCUCUCCUCAUUCCGAGCUUACAGAUGCUGAGCUGGCUGCAGUCAAGCGACGGAUCCCAAAGCCACCAAAGUUGGUGUUUAAAAAGGUGAAUCUGAAAACAAUCACCUAUCAAGAAACAAAUGAUAAUGGCACAGUUGGUGUCGCAAUUUCUGGUAUUCCAAAUGCUGGAAGGGGGCUAUUUAAUUUGUCUAGUCACCCGUGGCCAGCUUUCUCAGUAGUUUGUAUCUUCGGUGUCCGCCGUAUAACAAAGGAGAUGCACCAUGAUGGACUGAAUAAGGUAGCGCGUUGUGGCGAAUUGGGAGAAACAUUUGUCGUAGUCAAUGUAGAUGCAGAUGGAUCCGCUGGCGGAUUUCCGAAUGACCGUGUGUACGAAUAUCCGGCUGAUGUCUAUUGGGAUGCCUCGGGAUUCUACAACAAUUGCAUCCUAGUGCCUGGCUGCGUAAUAGAGAAUCCACAGGAUACGACGAGCCCUAUCGUUUUAAAUCAACUCUAUAUUGUUACAUGGAAAGAAGUGGCUGUGCGUGAGGAGUUCUUUCUGGCAUACGGAACAUCGUACUACGAAGAUGACAAUAAAUCUUGCGCAACAGAAACAAACAAAUAG